GAGCCAACCAAAAAUAAGCAGGGAAGCGCACGCGAUGCCACAUGGACGAAAGCCCCAACAAAACCCUAGACAUAACCACCACCGUCCGCACGGCACGAGUCUAGUAUGCUCGCCGCCUGGAGGCUGUCGCAGCGAGCCGUCGCGUCUCCUCUCCUCGGCCUCAGGCCAUACCAAAUCCGGAACACUUUCCCCACCAUGGCGUCUCCCGCCGCCGCCUCGCCCAAGAGGCUGAGGCUCCACUCGUCCGCCGCCGCCGACGGCGACUCCGCGAACGGCGCGGGGAGCGGCAAGCGCGUGGGGACCCACAACGGCAGCUUCCACUGCGACGAGGCGCUCGGCUGCUUCCUCAUCCGCCUCACCUCCCAGUUCGCCGGCGCCGACGUCGUCCGCACCCGCGACUCCCAGAUCCUUGAUACACUGGAUGUCGUGCUUGAUGUUGGUGGGGUCUAUGAUCCCAGCCGCCAUCGCUAUGAUCAUCACCAGAAGGGCUUCAACGAAGUCUUUGGGCAUGGAUUUAACACAAAACUUAGCAGCGCCGGGCUUGUCUACAAGCAUUUUGGUAAAGAGAUAAUUGCAAGGGAGCUUGGACUCAAUGAGGACCAUGAAGAUGUUCACCGCUUGUAUCUUGCUAUUUAUAAAAGCUUUGUUGAGGCACUUGAUGCAAUUGACAAUGGAAUCAAUCAAUAUGAUACAGACCAGCCACCAAAGUAUGUGAACAAUACACACUUGUCUUCACGCGUUGGACGUCUUAAUCCUGACUGGACUGAUCCAGACCAAUCACCUGAGAAGGAGAAUGCGGCAUUUCAACAGGCAGUGAUGCUCGCUGGAGGUGAAUUUAUGGAGAGCGUUCGCUUUCAUGUUAAAUCUUGGUUACCUGCAAGAUCUAUUGUCAUGGAGUGUUUGUUAUCAAGAGGAAAUGUUGAUCCAAGUGGAGAAAUCAUGGUUUUGGAUAGAUUCUGCCCGUGGAAACUUCAUCUAUUUGAGCUUGAAGAGGAGCUGAAGAUUGAGCCUCUGACCAAGUACGUGCUGUAUCAGGAUGAGAGGAGCAAAAGUUGGCGAGUGCAAGCUGUGUCUGUUGCUCCCGAUAGGUUUGACAGCCGAAAGGCUCUCCCCGAGAAGUGGAGGGGCAUGAGAGAUGACGAACUGUCGAAGGAAACCGGCAUCCCCGAAUGUGUAUUUGUUCAUAUGAGUGGUUUCAUUGGGGGCAACAAGACCUACGAGGGAGCAUUGGAAAUGGCAAGAGCUGCUCUCAAAUGCUGAUUCACCAUAGCACCAAUCAGUAACGCAGUUAGUUUUUACACAUGUCAUUGGCUUUAGAUAAGAGUCCUACGCAUGCUAUCAUCGAGUUUCAGUAACGCAGUUGGCCAAUUGCGGCUUGACCUAUAUCAUUGACUCGUAAUCGUAGCUGAGAUUGUACUCAGGUUGUAUUGUCCUCGCCUCACAGAAGAGGUUGUUCUAAUCUUUUUCAAUCUGGAAAUGACGAUAAUGCGACAUUUUAUUAAAGAAAAUGGCGGAACUUAUUCAUUUGUCGCCCUUGCACA